AAUGCUGGUUGGGAAAAAAGUUACACACGUCACAACAAAAAGAAAGCCCCCACGCGUACGUAAAUUCAUAAUGGCCAAACAACUGGCCGAUUUGCAGAGCAGCAAGCUUCAAUCCUACCAGAAGCUUGCACUGGGUAUUAUACUUGGUGGCAUACUGCUUUCCCUACCGUCAUUAUGCGGGGGCCAGGGUAAUCCCAGCUUUAAAUACUCGCGCGAAGCGAAUGAAAAUUUUGAUGCCAAGAACGCUCCGCCGGCAGUGCAGCAUCACGAUCAUGAUGAUCAUGAUCAUGAACACCACCAUCAUCAUCCCGAUGAGCACCACGAUCAUGAGCAUGGGCAUCAUCAUCACGGGCAUGAAGAGGCCCACGUCCACCACACCAAAACGAAGCCGGCACUUGACAUGAGCACCAUAUGGUUGCAUUCAAUUGGCUCCACGUUGCUUAUCAGUGCCGCGCCUUUUGUAUUGCUCUACAUCAUACCCCUUGAUAACAGCGAUGCGAUGAAACCCCGUUUAAAGGUUCUGCUGGCCUUUGCAUCCGGCGGGCUAUUGGGCGAUGCCUUCCUGCACUUGAUACCGCAUGCAACGCAUCCGCAUAGUCACGGAGAGCACGACCACGAUCAUGGUCAUGGUCACGGUCAUGGACAUGGACACGAUCAUCAUCAUGAAGGCGAGGCCCAUGGACACAGCCAUGACAUGAGCGUCGGUCUGUGGGUUCUGGGCGGAAUUAUCGCCUUUCUGUCGGUGGAGAAACUUGUGCGCAUACUGAAGGGUGGCAGCGGUGGACACGGACACAGCCACGGCGCACCCAAGCCCAAACCUGUUGCUGAGAAGAAAAAACCGACUAAAGAAGGUAACGGUGAUGGCGACAGACAAGGCAAAUCCACCAAAGCCAAGGCAAAGAAACCCGAACCAGAGCCCGAGCCUGAGGGAGAAGUGGAGAUCUCAGGUUACCUGAAUUUAGCGGCAGACUUUGCCCACAACUUCACCGAUGGACUGGCAAUUGGUGCUUCCUAUUUGGCUGGCAACAGCAUCGGCAUAAUCACAACCAUCACCAUUCUGCUGCACGAGGUGCCGCACGAAAUUGGUGACUUUGCCAUACUCAUCAAGUCGGGAUGCUCCCGCAGAAAGGCGAUGAUGCUACAGCUGGUGACGGCGCUGGGAGCCGUGGCAGGCACAGCGCUGGCCCUGAUUGGUGCCAGCAGCGGUGAGGACAACUCCGCCCCUUGGGUGCUGCCCUUCACAGCCGGCGGAUUCAUUUACAUUGCCACAGUGAGCGUGCUGCCAGAGCUGCUUGAGGAGUCGACCAAGCUAAAGCAGUCCCUGAAGGAAAUACUGGCCCUGCUUACCGGCGUGGCGCUGAUGAUUGUUAUAGCCAAGUUUGAAUAGUGUCUUGGAGCGUUACUUAAACAUCCACAUAAUUUCAUAGAGAGAUAGCGAGAGAGAGAGAGUUUUAUAUAUGUAUGCAUUCAAAAUUAUGCUUUACUAUACGAACGUUUGAAUUAGUCAAAAAAUACACUUUACAAGGAGCACCUCAA